ACCACCACCACCUCCUCCUCCUUCUCCUCCUGCUCGGUUCUACCCUCUCCGUUAGGCAGCAUGAGCCCGUCGCCUCCAGCACCUCGCCCACUCCUGCUGCUGGGCGAGGGAGGAGGCUGCCUUGUCUUCUCCCUUGUCGCGCUCUUGCCCUUCGGCACUAGCCCUGCGCUUUCCGCGCCCCUUGGACUCGCCUCGUCCUGCUGGGCCUCCUUCCCUUGUCCCUCCUUCGCUCCUCUUGACUUGCCCGCGCUGGCUUUAAAGGCGGGCAAGUGGGCUGAGGCUGGCGCUGCCAGGCAGGGAGCAGGCGAGACCGGGGGGGUGGGGGCACAGCCGUUCCCGGCUGCCUGAGAGGAGAGGAAAAGGAGAGAGCCGCGGUUGCCGCUGGGGUUGCUUUGCCUUCUUCCCUCCUUUGACCCCCCCCCCGCUCCCUCCCUGCCGGCCCGCUACUGCCACCAACCUGCCUAUCCAGACAUUGCUGAAAGCAGGACAGGUAGCUUUUGAGGAGCUGGCACCGCUUAGCAGAAGGUAGGGUGGCCUCAGCCGAGUGGGAGUGAAAGUGGACGGUGGUCUUCCGUUUCUGGGCCUCCCUGCCUGGGUCCCGUUCACAAAGCAGGCUCCUAACACAUUCCCACUUGGAUGGUAGGCUCACCUCUGGAUUGUCCUAGUUCAAGACUGGGAAUUUGGCAUCCGUGGGAUACAGUCAUUCCAUGUCCAGGAGGGGAACAAUCUUGCAUUUAGCAGAAUAGUGGUUGUGGGGAGGGGGGAAGGGAAGCUGGAAUCCACUUCCAAGUCAAGGCCAGCGUUUAUAAUAGAUAGAUAAAUUCUGUGGAUCUUGUAAAAUGUGCAGGAUGGACAAGUUGGGAGCAUAACUUGAUGGAACAUAAGAACAACAAUCUGAAGGCAGGAUUUUAUUCUUGAGUACCCCACCUGUCAACUGUGCAAGUUAGAGCAAGUGACAGACCAGUUCUGUUCCUUGCUUCCUUUCUGAAAAGGGAGAGAAGGAACUAUCACAGUCACACAACUCUUUCUCUUUCCUGGUUUGGGAAAGGGAAUUUAUUGAUGGCUUCCUCCUAGGAGAGCACCCUAGACUAUAUGAAUGGCUAAAGUCACCCAGUAGUGUUUUCUUGCAGAAAACUGAAAUGGGAAAGUUGACCUUUGCAAUGCCAUGUGUAAACAAUGUCUGGACACUGAAAUGUCAACAUUGCACAGAUUCCUGAAAUAGCCAUACUGCAGCCUGGCUGGAUUAGAGAUGUCUUCAAAGUCUCACAUGUUGACAACAGAAGAAAGGAAUCAAGUUUUAUAUGACCUCAAAGCUGCUGGUUGGUCUGAAGCCACCGAAAGGGAUGCUAUAUACAAAGAAUUCAUCUUCCAAACUUUUAAUCAGGCUUUUGGUUUUAUGACUCGGGUUGCGCUUCAGGCUGAAAAGAUGAACCAUCACCCUGAGUGGUUUAAUGUGUACAAUAAGGUCCAGAUCACUCUCAUUUCCCAUGACUGUGGUGGAUUGACGAAGCGAGAUGUCAAGUUGGCUCAGUUUAUUGACAAAGCUUCUGCAUGUGUUUAACUGGGUGCUGAAAUAAUCUCAAAGCAACAUUGCCUUCAAAUGUUUCCUUUUGAACUGUAUGCAGACAUUUAUUAUUUCUUUUAAAGACAA